GGACCACAGCGUCUGCUGCAACAACCACGAUGACGUGGGCCACAGCGCCUAUGUUGACAACGGCCGCAUUAGCGAUAACGCCGAUGUCGACGACAGCUACGGCGUCAAGAACAACGAUGGCGGGGGCAAUGACAUCUGCGUCGGCGACGACAAACGCAUCAGCGGUAACUAUAACAAUGUCGUCGAUACCUGUUGCGUCAACGAUAGCGCUGAAUAUGAUACCUCUCCCCCCAACAACGACAGCAUUGGCCACAAUGCCUACUUCAACAACGACAGCCGCUCAAUCACUAAUUGUAGUGAGCAGAGAAGAUUUAAGUAAUCUCAUAACAACAGCCGUCAGGAACGCUCUAAGAGAACAAAGGCAAUAUGAAAGAAGAGGAAGAGAAAGGGGAAGAGGAAGGGGGAGAGGAAGAAACGUCUAUAUAAACUGCUAUGGAACAUGCAAAUAUCAUAUUUACAGGCAAUAAACAUAUGUAACAUAUACAUUAAUACAUGUAAUAAAACUAACGUAUACAUAAUAUAAACGUAAUAUCUAACGAAAACACAUAACUUAUAUAUAAUAUAAACAUAUACAUUGUGAUACAUAAAAUACCUAUAACAAGAGUUCAUAUAUUAUCACAUUUGCUUAUGCAAGUAUAGUAAUAUACAAAAUACAUAAUUACAUUUCUUUAUCUCCGGAAGUUAACAAUUUAUAUUAAUCACAAGCUAACUAUAUAAUAUCUCUGAUAAUAUUCACUUGCAUUACAUUUUAAUUUUUGUAACGGAAGAACUCGAGUAAUUGCGAUGAUAAAAGUUUUGCGAAAGUGAUGCAACUUUGUAAGGUCAAUUUCAACAAUUUCGUAGCUUCGACGAGUUCAAAGUUGUAUGUACAUACAGUUACCUUAAGGCCAUUCUACAAUUGCGUAAACGU